GGAAUACUAAAUUAUACGCAUUUUAGAAUUAUAUAAAAGGCUAAGGGAAAGCGUAGUAAAAUGGUCAUGUCGUUUUGAACGUAAUGUUACAUCUUUUUUUAUGUGUGCAAAUUCAUUUAAUAAACACGUGCGUCAAGGGUACUAGAGAAAUGAAACAGGUACUUCUUUAAUGGAUAAAAAGUAAUCAAAAAACCUAAUUCACUAGAACCUAGACAAAUUUGUAUCUAACGGAAGUGAAGACAAGUAUGAUAAAAAAUAUUAUAACAAUUUCAUAAAGAAAUAUCACGUGUUACGUAUGCUUUUAAAUAUCUGAUCAAUAAUUAACUGAGAAAAUUCUUUUUGUCAGUAGCAACCGUACUUAAUUAUUUGUUAAAGCAAAGAAAAGCAUUACACGAAGAGCUGCUGACACAAAUUCGAAAGUCACUCUCUGUUCAUAUGCUCAAGUGACAUUGAGUCUAAAUUGAUGUGUUUUUUUUUUUUUAUUCAGUUAUCAAGAAUGGGAACAUUAGCGAAAAUAGUGAGAUAUACUCUUUUCGGUGCUAACUGCAUCAUUCUUAUAUGCGGUAUUGCAGUAUUUACGGUGGGAGCAUGGACAUUGGUACGUCACUAUUUCAUGGAAAGAUUACUGGGAACGAAAUUAUACUUAAGCUCAGCGUCCAUUUUGAUAGUGACAGGAAUCACGGUUUGCAUCAUCUCGUUCCUAGGGUGCUAUGGAGCUAUCAAAAGAAUUAAAUGGAUGCUUGCAACAUAUUUCCUGAUUUUAAUGGUGAUCUUCAUCACCAUGCUCAUCGGUGGUAUAUUAGGCUAUGUUUUCAGAUAUAAGGUAGGGGAAAAAAUGAAACGGGAGAUGAUCACAACCGUUCCCUUGUACAUGAAUGAUACAGUCAUUACAGAUGCUUGGGAUGCAGUUCAACAAUACUUUAAAUGCUGCGGUCUAUCGAUAGGCUCCGAUCAGGGCUAUAAGAUCUGGAGCAGGAAUCCAAACUUCACCGGAGACAAGAAAGUUCCUGAGUCGUGCUGUAAACAAGCCGUUUCUGUCAGUGCUUGUCAGAGUAGUCCCGAAGCUAAUACUUAUAGUCGAGAUUGUUACGUGCAGAUGAGAGAUUUCACUCUGCAUCAUGCACGAGUCUUGGGAGGAAUAGGGAUUGGAAUCUCCUUCGUUCUGAUCCUUGGAAUGAUAUUGUCCUUCUCGAUGUUUCUCUUGAUUGAAUGAUGAUGAAUGUUUCGUUUAGGCAAAUAAACAAUAACUGUUCGUCAAAAGGAAAAGACGGACUCUCAAGAAAUUGAACUUCCUGUUGAGUAAUGAUACACGUUUCUGCCUGAACUUUUAGGAGCAAGUUAGUUUAUGUGUGCUGACUCCUCCAUCGUUCUUUUCAUAUCGUGCAAGGGUUUGAUUGCGCAUUUUCAGUGGCCAUGUAAGUAAGAGAAACUAUGUCUUUGAAAGGAACUACUGCUUGGAAAAUUUUAUAUGUAGCUAAUGCGAAAAGAGUGACUUUGAAUGAUUUCUUUUUUAUAUGUAAAUGCUUCUUUCUGUUUCUCAUUUUGACAAAAAGUUGAAUCUAAAUUUAAAAAAUGAAAUGUUACAAUGACUGCAUUGCCAUUAUUGUGGAAUUUUGUGAUGUUUUGCUGAUUACUCUAUCACGUAAUGUUUCCUCUCACCAAUGAAAUAUUUAGUUACUUUAUCGAAAUUACUGGUCGGUUUUUACUUCCUCUUUAAAAAUUUCUCAGGCACCUUUUUGUUUUCAGGAUAAUAGAUGCAGCAAUGACUCCUAAUAAGGACAUUAAGCUUUUCAUUCGUUGAUAAUAUAUUUGUUGCAUUCGUUAUAUGUAUUUGUUGAUACUAUAUUGUAAUAGUAAAUUGUACAGUGUUUUGUAGUAUGUACUAAAUAAACUAUCAUAUAAUGAAAAGUC